AUGCUGGUUGAAAGCCUCCCGGUCAGACGAAUUUCUCCUAAUCGGAUGAAGUUCACCCUAGGCCUGGGGUCGCGGGCGUGGAGAGUGUCCUGGGAGCGGGCGGCGGCGGCGGCGGCGGCCGGCCCAGGGACGGGCGGCAGCGCGCUCGGCGGCGGCGCCCGGCGCUCUUCCAGCCCGCGGCCCGGCCGCCGCGGCUCUCGGCUCGCGCGCGCCCUCCCUCUAUGCCUCUCCCGCGGCUGCGGCGCCCGAGCUCUCCCGGACCGCGCCGGGCCCAGUCCCGGCCGCCUCGGCGCCAGGCAGCUGGCCCGCCCGCGCGCCAUGGGUAAGGGGCAGGCGGAGGAGGCGGGGGGUGUCCCGGCGCCUCCCUUCCCUCGCGCCCGCCGUGCCCGGGAGCCCGGGUCCCUGAGCAGCCGCGUUCUCCGCACGCCGCCAGUCCCGGGGAGGGGGGCGUUCGGCGUGUCGCGGGGAGGGGAUGUCCCAAGUAGACGCGUCAAAAGUCGCGAAACGGCACGGAGGGCUGAAGCGCGCGGCGCCUGCGCCCCUGCCCACUCCCGGAGCCGGCCCCGGUCCGUUCGCUCUGACUCAGAGGACCCACCGGUCACCUUCGGAGGCGCCCCGGGUGCAGCCCCUGUCCCCGCAAGACCACCCUCGGCUAACCCGCCGGUGUUCUCUCCCCUCCCCUCACUCUCGUCGGGCGCGUCCGCAGAGCAGACGUACGGCGAGGUGAAUCAGCUGGGCGGUGUGUUUGUCAACGGCCGGCCCCUGCCCAACGCCAUCCGCCUGCGCAUCGUGGAGCUGGCGCAGCUGGGUAUCCGACCCUGUGACAUCAGCCGGCAGCUUCGCGUCUCCCACGGCUGCGUGAGCAAGAUCCUGGCGCGCUACAACGAGACAGGCUCCAUCCUGCCCGGGGCCAUCGGGGGCAGCAAACCCCGUGUCACCACUCCCAACGUGGUCAAGCACAUCCGGGACUACAAGCAGGGCGACCCCGGCAUCUUUGCCUGGGAAAUCCGCGACCGGCUGCUGGCCGAUGGCGUCUGCGACAAGUACAACGUGCCCUCUGUGAGUUCCAUCAGCCGCAUCCUGCGCAAUAAAAUCGGCAGCCUGGCUCAGCCCGGGCCCUACGAGGCGAGCAAGCAGCCGCCGCCGCAGCCUGCUCUGCCUUACAACCACAUCUACCAGUAUCCCUACCCCAGCCCUGUGUCUCCCACGGGCGCCAAGAUGGGCAGCCACCACGGGGUCCCCGGCACGGCGGGCCACGUCAGCAUCCCCCGUUCAUGGCCCUCGGCUCACUCCGUCAGCAACAUCCUGGGCAUCCGGACGUUUAUGGAGCAAACAGGGGCCCUGGCGGGGAGCGAAGGCGCCGCCUACUCCCCGAAGAUGGAAGAGUGGGCCGGCGUGAACCGCACGGCCUUCCCCGCCAGCCCCUCCGUGAAUGGGCUCGAGAAACCCGCCUUGGAGGCGGACAUUAAAUACACUCAGUCGGCCUCCGGCCUCUCCGCAGUGGGCGGCUUCCUCCCGGCCUGCGCCUACCCGGCCUCCAACCAGCACGGCGUGUACAGCUCGCCGGCCGGCGGCUACCUCGCCCCGGGGCCGCCGUGGCCUCCGGCGGCGCAGGGUCCCCCGCUGGCGCCCCCUGGGGCCGGCGUCACCGUGCACGGCGGGGAGCUCGCUGCAGCCAUGACCUUCAAGCAUCCCAGCCGAGAAGUGGCCGACCGGAAGCCUCCCAGCCCCGGCGGCAAGGCCCCCGACGGCCUGGGGAGCUUACACGGACUGCCCAUCCCAGCCUCGACUUCCUAGGGCCACGCGUCCCAGAGCUGAGCCCGAGCCCGAGCCCUGAGGCAGUGGCGGAGCGGCGGGCGCAGCGGGACGCGGACCCGAAGACUCGCCGCCGCCAAGGUGCCCACCAGCCCCGACCUCGCCUGCCCGGUGUCCGACGGCCUUGCUUCCUCCGUGGGCCGGGGUUUUCGGCUUCUCUGAACUCUGGCUUCAGACUGUUGCAUCCCCGUCGCGAUCUUUGCUCCGACGUGACCUCCCUCGCCUUGCCGUCCUCCAGAGUCUUUUCCUGCUUCUCCCAGGGCCACUGUCCCUUGGUCCUUUCCCUUCCCCAGUGUCCCUCCUUCCAGCUCUCCCAGACUCCGGCUUCCUCCCUCCUUCCUACUGACCCUCCUUUACCUCCUCACCUUUGUCCUCUCCCUCCCCGUUUUCUCCCUCGGAUCCGUGCGUGGGCUCCCUUUGCUGUGAUCCAGCCCAGUCCAUCCCUUCUCUCCUUGGCCUUUGCAGUUCUGACUCUGCCUCUCUUCAUCGGUACUACCCCUGACCCCUGCUCGCUGGGGACAGCCCAGGCGGGUCUCCAGGACAGACCCUCCUCUCUUUAGCCUCCAUUCCUCUGGGCCCCCAAGUCCAACAGAGGGGGCUCAAACUGGGAGAAGGACAGAGAAGCCACAGAUCUUACUUGGUAUUUUUGUAAUAAGGAACCUGAACAAAAUCUCAGUGAACUGUCCUUUCUCCUCCCUCCCCUAAGGAUGUUAUCUGGAAAUCUCCUUGUCUGGAUAUUUUCUCAGUGCCUGGUGGCUGGGUUUCUCUUUGCUUCCUCUGAGAUGAUGUCACCCCAAAGAAGGUGAGGAGGGGACCAGGGCCACUGGUGUUUUCUGUAGUUAGAAAACCAUGCGUGUCCUGGAGGUGUCCCUCCCACCUCUCCACACCCAACAGGGAGGGAAUUCACAUGUGGUGGACGCAUCAGCACUGUUUUUGGUACUCAGGGGUCAGCACGUUUGUUAAUUUAAACCACAAACUGCUUCCGGGUACAAAGGUGCAAUCUGGCUUCUGGUUUGCAAAGGGAUGGGGGUCAAAAAAAAAAACAAAAACCAACAACAACAACAACAACAACAACAACAACAACCCAACAACCCAGAAAGUGUCUUCUAGAGUGGGACACAAACCCUGUUAACUGCUUCCAAGUUCAGGCGCACUGGUGGCAGGACCCUGGACAUAAAACUGCAAUUUCUGUGGUCAUAAACAUGUCACUGGUGAGAGUCUGACAUCACCUGUUAAACGUGGCUGCCUUUGAAUAAAGCAAAGCGUCUGAAGUAUGCUCAGUAAGGGUGAGCAGUCCUGUUCAGCCCGGAGAGCUGUGUAGACACAUCUCCCCUAGCCCCAGGGUCUCCAGCAGGAAUGCUAGGAAGAGGGGAUUAUUCUAUUAGUUUCCUCAUCAGCACUUGCAGCCCAGGUUGGGC